AUGGACGACCUCGACAAUGACCAACGAGCUGCCCUACAGCAGCUGCGCGAGAUUACAAACGGCGCUGACGACGACGUGGCGAUUGGCGUGCUCAGCAGUGUCGACUGGGAUGUCCAGCGAGCAGCCGAGCUCAUCUUCGGGACGUCGUCAGGUGCACCAAACCCACCUGCGAGCUCAGGGACACGUCGUAUAGAGGUAUUUGAGGUGGACGACUCGGGGCAAGGAGACUUGGAGGAGCCCGUGCGGCCCAGGCGCAACUCCAACUCGACUGCCCUCGCCGUGAUGCGGCCUUUUCUCUCCCUCUUCGCCGUCCCGCUCCACUUCCUCUCGAACAUCAUCCGCUUCAUCUUCGGCCUGCUCCGAAUCCCUGUACCCCAAUUUCGCUUUACUGGGCUCAAUUUCUAUCGUCCGCUACGCCCUCGCCUGCGGCCCCAGUCCCGUGGCGGGCCCGACCGGUGGCUACGCGAGCUCGAGGAAGAGACGGGCGCCAUUUCUAUCGGCCGCUCGAAACUGCCGCGCGGGACGACAUCCUCCAUCAGCGUUGGGGGCCAGUCCUCUUCCUCUGUGAGCUCAAGGGCUGCCCAAGUGGGAAGCGGGAAUGGAAUUGUGGAGGAUGGAAGGAAAUACUUGCCAGAUUUUGUGAUUUGUGGGUACGAGGAGAUGCUGAGGACAUGCCAGCGCGAGGCGAAAAUUGGCUGUGUGAUCCUCGUGAGCGACGAGCAUGAUGACACGCCCGAAUUCAAACGUUCAACUCUCACCGACCCAGCCUUUGUUAAGAUUCUGUACGACAACGACGUUGUCGUGUGGGGAGGAGACGUGCAAGACCGUGAAGCCUGGACAGCCGCCGAGAAACUACAAGCAACAACCUACCCUUUCGUCGCCUUCGUGGCCCUCCAACCACCUCGUGCUCCGGCCUCUUCACGUUCCUCCUCCUCUCCUCCCUCCCUCACCGUCCUUUCACGGCACCAAGGCCCACCCACCCCGCACACCUCCGGUCCCACUUCAGCGCCUACCCUCGUCACCCACCUCGAGACCCAGCUGCUCCCGCGCGUGACGCCCUUCCUCGCCCGGAUCAGCGCGGCGCAGCGCGAACGCGAGCGGGACCGACAGCUGCGCGACGAGCAGGACCGGGCGUUCCGCAACGCCGCUCGACGCGACAAGGAGCGCAUCGAGGCAAAGAUGGCCGAGGAACGGCGGAUGCUCGAAGCACGGAGGCUGGCCGAGGAGGAAGCGCGGCUCGCGGCGGCACGGAGGGCGAGGGAGGCGGAGCUCGCGCGCGCGCGAGAGAGCAACAGGAUGGAGUGGCGCCGCUGGACGCGGAAAGCUGUCGUUGGCGCUGAGGUGGAGGGCUCUCUUAGGAUCGCAAUCCGCCUGCCUAGCGGCGGGCGUGUCAUUCGCUCGUUCCAGCCUACUGCGUCGCUCACUGCCCUUUUUGCCUUCGUCGACUCACAAUUUGUGCCUGCCAACCUUUCGCCCUAUGACGACCCCGCAACGCUGCCGGAUCAGCAAGGUGUCGGGGAAACAGCGUUGGAACGACACGUCGAGACGCAUGGACCUCAGGAAGAAUAUUGGGGCUUCAAAAUCGUGAUUGCCUAUCCAAGGGUCGAGAUUCCUUGGAGCCGAGGCAAGACGCUUGUAGAGAUCGAGCAUCUGAGGGGUGGUGGCCAAGUGGUGGUUGAGCUUGUCAGCGGAGGGCGAAGGAGCACAGAGGCUCAUGCGGAGGAAGAUGACGGGUACCAUACGGAAGACAGCGAGUAG